AGACUUCCGCAGUGUGUCAGGAUCAGACUGGUCACGUGAUGAAGUCACGUGGCUUUGAGGAAGCUGCAGUGUUUACCUGAACGUUUAGCUCUCCACUGCGACACCUAGAGCGCAUCUUUUUAUUGUAUCUUGAUUAUUUUACUCCCACUGGGCGCUUUUGGAAGAUGAACUCGUCUUUUCCCCGGUUUCGGUCCCGGUAAUGUCCCCGUUCAGCCCCGCUAUGGCGUCUUCGAGCUACACCUGCAUCCAGGACGAGAGCUCAGAGAAAGAUCGGUUGCUCUCCUCUCCAACCACCUAUGGGUCCCGGGAUCCGUGUAAAAGUGGGAGCCCCCGUCCCAGCAGCCUCCACCAGCAUCUACAAGAUGAGGAAGAGGAGGAGGAGGCUCUGAGGAGGAAGCUCAAGUACUUCUUCAUGAGUCCGUGUGACAAAUAUCACGCUAAGGGCCGCAAGCCGUUCAAACUGGGCCUGCAGCUGCUGAAAAUCAUCACCGUGACGGUACAGCUGGUGCUGUUUGGCCUGAGCAACCAGAUGGUGGUGACCUUCAAAGAGGAAAACACAGCCGCCUUUAAGCACCUCUUCCUGAAGGGUUACCAGGACAACGCCCCUCAGGCUGUGCACACGCAGGCCGAGCUCUACAGCCACAUCAACUACACCUUAGAGCGGUACUUGACGCUGCCGCAGAUCGCUCUGGGGCGUUACGCAUAUGUGAUGGGAGUCGGUGUGAAAGGCCGCGCCCUCUCCCUCUGCCAGCGCUACUUCAGGAGAGGCAGCAUCGAGCCGGUCAACGACACCUUUGACAUUGACCCACAUGUUCUCACAGAUUGCCUUGGAGUGAAUCCGGCCACAGAAGAUUCCACUCCGGAAAAUGGCGACAUCCAGAACUACACCCUUCAGUUUUCCAGGCUGAUCAAUGUAACCAUCGACUUCCAGCUGAAGGCCAUCAACGUUCAGACCGUCCUCAACAAUGAAAUCCCAGACUGCUACACCUUCGCCAUCACCAUUCUCAUGGACAAUAAAGCACACAGCGGCAAAGUUAGGAUCAGUCUCCACAACCUGGCCACCAUCCAGGAGUGUAAAGACCCCAACGUGUCCGGACACGCGGAAAGCUACGCGCGGGAGUUCUUUGACUGCCUGGUGGUGCUCGUGUGCGUGUUGUCCCUGCUGCUGUGCGGCCGCUCCAUCCUCAGAGGAAUCCUCCUUCAGCACGAGUAUGUGCAGUUCUUCAAGCACAAGCUGGCUCGCAGCGUGAGCUGGGGGGACAGGAUGGAGUUCAUCAACGGCUGGUACAUCCUGCUGAUCGUCAGCGACAUGUUCACCAUCGUCGGGAGCUUCAUCAAGAUUGGGAUAGAGUCUAAGACUCUGUCCUCCUAUGACGUGUGUGGGAUUCUGCUGGGAACCUCCACCCUGCUGGUGUGGGUGGGAGUCAUCCGCUACCUCAGCUUCUUCCAGAAGUACAACAUCUUGAUUGUGACUCUGCGGGCCGCCUUCCCCAACGUCAUCCGCUUCUGCUGCUGCGUGGCCGCCAUUUAUUUAGGAUACUGCUUCUGUGGGUGGAUUGUGCUCGGCCCGUAUCACACAAAGUUCCGCUCCCUGUCCACGGUGUCGGAGUGUCUGUUCUCGCUGAUCAACGGGGAUGACAUGUUCGUCACGUUUGCUGAGAUGGAGCAGAGCAGCACCCUGGUGUGGAUCUUCAGCCAGGUCUACCUGUACACCUUCAUCUCCCUCUUCAUCUACAUGGUGCUGUCGCUCUUCAUCGCUCUCAUCACCGGAGCGUACGACGCCAUCAUGGCUCAGACGCAGGAGCAGGUCCGCAUCACCGAUCUGCACGCAUUCAUCGCACAAUGCACGGACACGCCCUGUUCUGGCAAAUUCCGAGGGCCUGAGGGGCCGUCCUGCUCCUUCCUCUGCUGCUGUGAGUGAGGAGGAGGAGGAGGAGGAGGAGGAGGAGGAGGCUGUCUUUGAAGCUCCAUAUUUUCACUUCAGUGACAGCUGCCUUCGACUGCCUUUUCCAGGCGCUCAGCAGGGACAGCAAAGAGCGUCUGAGGAGCGAACUAACCCACUGACCUUGGACCACAAUGUCUUUGAAUUUUGUCUUUAAAUUUGUGCCGGGAGGGCGGAGUCUAAGGCCCAAUUACCUGCCUCAGCUUUUGUACCGUAUGAAUAAUUCAUGUGGUCUUUCUUCGUUGUCAGACGGCUGGAGCACAGGUGACCAGUAAGGGUACACAAGUCAGUGAAUACACACUUUAGUUUACUCGUUUGUGCAGCUUUUCACGUGUGCCUGUCAGUGAUGUAAAUAAUGCACAGAACUCUGAUCCUAGAACAGCUUUCAGAGUCAGACCGGCAGGAGAAAAGAGCGUUAUCUGGAGGUCUGGAGUGCAUUCGCUUGAGCAGCUUUUCCAUUCAAGGCCGCUCCUCCUCUUGUGUUUAAUUUGCCGGCUCUUCAUCCUCUUUGUUCCCCUCAUCCCGCGGCUGGAAGGAGAUGAUGGCUGCACACGGAAGGACGAGUCCCGGAGCCAACUGUUUACUUGGUCAUUAAUAUUUAUGAGCUGCAGCGCCGGCGGAGAGGAUUCUAACCGGCACCCGUUGGGGAGUAUCCAUGUACUGGAAGACAAAACUUUCAUGUUUGAGAGUCGCACAUGAUUCUGGAGUGUAAUUACACAGAAAACUGCCUGUUUCUGCAGAAAAACAGAAUAUAAUUUUAGUUUUUUUAUUUGAGGACGGUGCUCAAACCUUCAGACUUUUAAGUUAAAAAUCAUUUUAGACUCUCAACACAUUUUUGUAAAAAAAACAUUAUAAAUAUUCCAUGUUUUUGGAUGUUCUUGUGAUAUUAGGGUUUAAUAUACUGUGUGAAUAAUUAUACUAAAAAUAAUGUCCAGUAUUUGCAUUUUGGUUGUGCUUUAGUGUAAUUCACUGACAUUUAGGUGAGAUUAAAAAGGGUAAUUUAUUUAUUUUAUCUCACAUGUAGGAGUUUGUCUACAAUCCAGCAUCCUUCAGGCAAAAACACACUUCUAGUGUCUACUUGAUGUUGUCUUUUUUCUGCCAUUUUUGUGUUCUUUAAAGCAGUCUGUGUCUAAAAAGAGGAAUUUUAUUAUUAUUGUUUUUUUAAUCUUUUAUUUAUUUUUUUCUUCAUGGAAUGUUCUGGUGCAGCUUCAGUUAAAUUAUUGUACAUAAAGGGAUGCAGUGAAAUGUUGUUCAUGGACAGAACUACUUCCUUUGCCUGAUUUUGUUCACACUUUUCUGAUUUUUCUCCAUCAUUUCAAAGAACAACCUAAAAGGGAAGCAUGUGUUGAGUUUGUACAGCUUUAGAAUCCACCUAAAUAAACUAUCAAAGCACUAAAAGUUUUAA